AUGUCGUUAGAAAAACUAAGCGAACAGCAGCUGACUCGACAGCCUGAAGAAGUAUUUGACAUUCUCUGCAAACUGGGAGAGGGAUCUUAUGGAUCCGUUUUUAAAGCUUUACACAAAGAGUCUGGCCAAAUCCUUGCCAUUAAGCAAGUGCCAGUGGAAAGUGAUUUAGGUGAAAUAAUUAAAGAGAUAUCUAUUAUGCAGCAAUGCGACAGCCAGUAUGUGGUCCGCUACUUUGGUAGCUACUUUAAAGGAUCUGAUUUGUGGAUUGUUAUGGAGUACUGCGGCGGCGGAUCUGUGAGCGACAUAAUGCGCCUACGGAAGAAAACACUGACAGAGGAUGAGAUAUCGACCAUACUGAAGGAUACGCUAAUGGGGCUGGAGUACUUGCAUGAGCGCAGAAAAAUACAUCGUGAUAUUAAAGCUGGUAACAUCCUGCUAAACAACGAAGGACAUGCCAAACUAGCUGAUUUCGGGGUGGCCGGUCAACUAACCGACACAAUGGCCAAGCGCAACACCGUCAUCGGGACGCCCUUUUGGAUGGCUCCCGAGGUCAUUCAGGAAAUUGGUUACGACUGUCUGGCCGAUAUAUGGAGCUUAGGAAUCACCGCCCUGGAGAUGGCCGAAGGGAAGCCGCCCUAUGGUGAUAUUCACCCGAUGCGAGCCAUCUUUAUGAUACCAACGAAACCGCCACCGUCCUUUCGGGAACCUGAUCGGUGGUCGCCAGAGUUUAUCGACUUUGUACAAAAGUGCUUGGUGAAAAAUCCCGAGCAGCGAGCCACCUCUACCGACCUGCUGCAGCACGACUUUAUCAAGCGAGGCCCUACAGUGUCGAUACUUCAAAAGAUAAUCCAAGAGGCAAAAGAAAUUCAACAAGUUCAGCAAUCGACCAACAUUUGCUUUUCCAAUUUUAGUGACAAUCUGAACAAUGCCACGAUGGUCAGCAACAAAGACAUGACAUUACGCAUGACCAACAAUAUGAAUUCUCAAGAUGAUGGAACGCUUGAGCUGAACAUCUCUGCCACUUUGACGACGAGAACAAAUACAGCAAACUCAACGUCCGAUGUUGAAUCCGACCUGGGCACCAACAAAGACAUGACAUUACGCAUGACCAACAAUAUGAAUUCUCAAGAUGAUGGAACGCUUGAGCUGAACAUCUCUGCCACUUUGACGACGAGAACAAAUACAGCAAACUCAACGUCCGAUGUUGAAUCCGACCUGGGCACGUUGAUCAUCAAUGACGAAACUGACGACGAAGACUCGGACAAAACGCUUAAGCCUGCCUUCUUACAGCACUUUGAACUGAAGGAAAAUAUGGCACAACAAAAAACGAAAGCAGUUGAAGUGCAAGAUGCAACUCUUCUCGAGUAUCCAGUUGAGAAUGGGUUAGUGAAUAAUCUCAACGGCAUCAGUGACAAGCUCUCUCGGAUGGAAAACGGCGACGAAACAUUAAACAACAACAACAACAAUCCCAUUUCAAAAACAAUCAUGCUAGAUGGUGACUUUGAGUUUCUAAGAUUCCUGAGCUUGGAUGAUCUCAAGUCUCGAAUGGCCAAUUUGGACAUUGAAAUGGAGGAGGAGAUUGAAGAGUUGACGCGAAGAUACGCUGCCAAGAGGCAGCCAAUUAUUGACGCUCUUGACUCGAAAAAGAAACGCCAACAAAACUUUUAA